UUUUUUAAAAUUAGUCGACAAAAUGGCGUAUAAACAUCCAAUAUCUGGUUUUAGUAAAUUGUGUUAUCCACUUUUUUAGUUUUAAUUCUAUAUUUUGUUCAUUUGUGUACAGCAAUCAUGCCCAAAAGAAAACAUGCCGAUGAAGACAAAAGCUCCAAUAACCAGAUGAUAUAUGGUCAAAGUGAUUGUGGAGGUAGAGCAAUGCUUCGUGGAGGUAGCUUAAGAUGUGAAGCUCCUUUUUCAACGGAUCUUGAAGCCGUUAAAGAACGGGAAGCCUGUGAUUACUCUAUAAAGAUAGAUAUGGAAACUGCAAAAGCCGGUCAAGCUCCGAGAAGGAUUCGUAUUUAUGCGGAUGGUAUUUAUGAUUUAUUCCACCUAGGACAUGCUAGACAAUUAAAGCAAGCCAAAAAUGCCUUUCCUGACGUUUGGCUUAUUGUUGGUGUCAACAAUGACGCGAUGACCCACUCUCUCAAAGGAAAAACUGUGAUGAAUGAAGAUGAAAGAUACGAAGCUGUUAGAUAUUGUUGUGUUGUCGAUGAAGUUAUCCGUGAUGCACCUUGGGUGUUAACAGAAGAAUUUUUAACACAGAAUAAGAUUGAUUUUGUUGCUCAUGAUGAAGUACCUUAUACAUCUGAUGGUCAAGAUGAUGUUUACGCUCUAAUCAAACAAAAAGGAAUGUUUUUACCAACGCAAAGGACUGAAGGUGUAUCAACUAGCGAUUUAGUAGCCCGGAUUGUUAAAGAUUAUGAUAUUUAUGUACGACGUAACUUAGCCAGAGGAUAUUCUGCCAAGGAAAUGAACGUAUCAUUCAUAAAUGAGAAAAAAUUCCUACUUCAAAACAAAAUGGAUGAACUGAAAGACAAAUUUGAAGAAAAGAGACAUGGUUUUAUACAUACAUGGGAAGAGAAAUCAAGAGAUUUUAUUGGUAGCUUUCUUGAAUUAUUUGGUAGAGAAGGAGCCUUGAAUAACCUUUGGAAUGAGAGCAAGGGCAGAUUACAAAGAGCUAUUUCUCCGCCGCCUAGCCCUUGAAUAUUUCAAGGAUUAUCUAUUUAAUUAUACCUUCAUCUAUUCUACUUUUAAUCCAACAAUCAAGGAAAUGCGAUCCUAGGUAGAUGAAAUAGUAAAUAAAAUUGUUUUACAAAUUUUCCUGUUUUAACGAUUAAUUGUUGCUUGUUUUCGCAAAAAGCAUUUAUUUAUUGUCAUGGUUUAUUAGGAUAUCUGAUUUUUUAUAUUAAAUUUUCUCAUCCAACCAUCGAUUUAAUAUAUUUCAUGGUAAGAUGUAUUUCUGUCAAAUUAUUUAUAAAACAAAGUCUAAGAACACAGUUGAGAUUUUAGGAAACAUUUUCUACUGAUUUCCAAUCUUGUUUACCAAAUUUUAAUUUUAAAACAAAGCUAUUUAUAAUUGAAAAUUGUUCAUCAAGUUUUCCUCAUUUAAUCAAUUGUACAAAAGCAGCUAAACAAUUGUCAAUCAAAGUGAGUAAAGCCAACAAUUUAUUUCAUCAUUUAUUAAAGCUUGUCAAGCUAAUUUUAAUCACAAUUGUCCAAGAAAUUUGCUUGAAUAAUCGUAAAUAAAAAUUCAAGUAUUUUGGGGUUAA